AUGGAUUGAUUGAUUUGGUGGUCGUAUUGGGUGUAUUCAAGUCCAAGCUUUUUCAAAUCCUUUAAUUCCGCUUUCUCUGUCCGAUUUCGUAAAAUUUCUUCGACGCCUAAUUUUAGGGUUUUCAAGUUUUCUCACCUUCCAACAAAUGAUAGCAGAAUUUUUUUGCUUUCAUCUUCGCUACGCAUCUUCUGAUCUCUGCUUCUCAGGUUUUUGAAGAGUUGAAAUUCUAGGUCUAUAGCUCUUUGGAUGCAUUAGCAAUUCGUGCUCGGUUUUUGGAAUUGUGGGUUAGUGAGGUUUGUUGCUAGAUAUUAGGAUUCUGGGAAAAUGAGGAGUUCUUGGGCAGAUGCUGUUGAGAAUGCCAACUCUGGUUCUGUGGAAAAUGCUGGGACAAGUGGUGCGAGUGGAGCUUCCGCUACUUCCAAGUCAGCCUAUGUCCCGCCACACCUCAGGAACAAACAGCCGACCGCUGAGCCUCCUGCACCGUCUCAGACUGGCCCACCAUCAGCUAGUGAUAGGUUUGGGUACGGUGGAGCCUCUGGUGGGCCGCGGUAUGGUGUCCCUAGGUCUGACUAUGGAAGACAAGGGUAUGGUGGUGGGGGUCGUGGGGCUGGCGGUUGGGGGAGCAGAGGUGGAGGUUGGAGUAGGGAGAGGGAGGUGAAUCCUUUUGGCAACGAUGAUGCUGAUGGUCUUGCGGAGAGCACAUUCAGUGAGCAGGAGAAUACUGGUAUUAACUUUGAUGCCUACGAGGACAUUCCGGUGGAGACAAGCGGGGAUAACGUGGCUCCUCCUGUGAAUACAUUUGCCGAAAUAGAUUUAGGGGAUGCACUCAAUUUGAAUAUCAGGAGGUGCAAGUAUGUAAAACCAACUCCUGUUCAGCGCCAUGCCAUUCCCAUCUCUCUAGCAGGACGAGAUCUAAUGGCUUGUGCUCAAACAGGUUCUGGUAAGACAGCUGCCUUCUGCUUCCCUAUAAUUAGUGGAAUCAUGAGGGGAGGUUUCCCUCCAAGGCCACGUGGAACACGGACAGUAUUUCCGCUUGCUCUCAUUCUGUCACCUACAAGAGAGCUCUCAGUGCAGAUACACGAGGAAGCUAGGAAGUUUUCGUAUCAAACUGGUGUUAAGGUGGUAGUGGCUUAUGGAGGAGCACCAAUAAAUCAGCAGCUGCGUGAGCUUGAGAGAGGAGUCGAUAUUCUUGUGGCAACUCCAGGAAGAUUAGUUGAUUUGCUUGAGAGGGCAAAAGUUUCAUUGCAGAUGAUUAGGUUUCUGGCUCUUGACGAGGCAGAUCGGAUGCUGGAUAUGGGAUUUGAGCCUCAAAUCAGAAAGAUAGUGGAGCAAAUGGACAUGCCUCCAAGAGGUGAAAGACAGACAAUGCUGUUUAGUGCUACCUUUCCGAAAGAGAUCCAGAGAUUGGCAUCUGAUUUUCUUUCAAACUACAUAUUUCUGGCUGUUGGAAGGGUUGGCUCAAGUACAGAUUUGAUCGUUCAAAGAGUUGAAUUUGUGCCUGAGAGUGACAAGAGAAGCCACCUUAUGGAUCUUCUUCAUGCACAGAGGGCAAAUGGUGUUCACGGCAAGCAAGCCCUGACAUUAGUAUUUGUGGAAACAAAGAAAGGAGCUGAUGCUCUGGAACAUUGGUUGUGCAUGAACCAUUUUCCUGCAACUACUAUCCAUGGUGACAGAACACAACAGGAAAGAGAGCUAGCACUGAGAUCAUUUAAGAGUGGGAAUACUCCAAUUUUAGUAGCAACAGAUGUGGCAGCCCGUGGUCUUGAUAUACCCCAUGUUGCUCAUGUAGUUAACUUUGACCUUCCAAAUGAUAUUGAUGAUUAUGUACAUCGUAUAGGGAGAACUGGGCGUGCUGGUAAGACUGGAUUAGCUACAGCUUUCUUUAAUGAGAGCAAUAUGUCGUUGGCAAAGUCUUUAGCUGAACUGAUGCAAGAGGCUAACCAAGAGGUACCUGAUUGGUUGACUCGCUAUGCUAGUCGGGCCUCAUAUGGUGGAGGUAAAGGUCGGCGGUCUAGCGGUGCUCGGUUUGGUGGGCGUGACUAUAGAAGGGAUUCCUCUUAUAAUCGAAGUGGUGGGGGAUCGGAUUAUUAUGGUGGAGGUGGUUAUGGCAAUUAUGGAAAUUAUGGUGGGGGAUACGGUGCUGGAGCUACAAGUGCUUGGGAUUAGUGUUUUGGAAUGUCUGUAAAUUGUGUUCUAACCGUACAUAUGUUUUAUCAAAAUUUGCCAUUUGGAAUGCCCUGCAAUGCAAAAAAUGUGGUUUAGUUUAUUUUGAGUUUCUAUUCUGAAAAAGCUUGUGUGGUCCUCCAUGGAUAUCAGUAGAGAGAAUUAUGUUAGGUUAGUGAGACUGCUGAUGAUUAGGAUCAUGUCAUGUAAGCCUUUUUUGUCUUCCCUAUGUGGCUUUGUUCUUUCGGUCUCUGGAUGUGGGAGAGGUUGUCGAGAUGUGGGAUAGAUGGUUCUAGAAUUUAAAUUA